AUGGCCGAGGAUCUUGCAUCAAGAAGUUUAGCACUGGUUAUCUUCGAAGGCUCCUCUUUGGUCAUUUUAAACCUCCUCUCACUGGCAGGAAAUAUCAUGGUAUGCUUAUCUGUUUACAGAAAUCCAAGAUUACGCACCCCCACUAAUCUUUACAUCAUAGCAUUGGCUGUGAGCGACUUGCUCUCCGCUGUCUUUGUGAUGCCUCUCGGUGAAAUAGUUCUGUUCACAGGAAAAUGGUCGCUUGGAGAAACCAUUUGCCAAUUUCACGCCUUUAUGAAUCUCUUCGUGAUCUACAUCUCACCGACAACCAUGGGUUUAACAGCUGUGAACCGAUAUGUUCGUAUGUGCAGAUCAAACACAGCCUACCAGAAAAUAUUUUCACCCAAAAAGUCUCGUUUAUGGGUACUCUUCCUCUGGUUGUUUGUGGCUUGUUACAUCGCAAUUCUGAAACUAGCCAAAUUGCAAGACUAUGAGUUUGUGCCUGGCUAUGCGCAAUGUUCUAUCAAACACCUUAAGGAACGCAGCAAGCUUAUCCACUAUAUAAUUGUUUUAACAUUUUUUCUUGUCAUCCCUAUGGUUGCCACAGCUUUUUCUUACUCAAGAGUUCUAAAAAAUGUUCGUCAACAUCUGACAGGGAUUUCUCCCUUGUGGAGAGGACUCGGAGGGAACGACGCGCGCGUUUCCAUUCAAGAAAUUCGACUGAGCAGGUCCCUCUUCAUUGUUGUUUUUACCUUUUUGGCAUGUUGGAUUCCUUUCUGGGUUAUAGUCAUAAUGAAACGUUUUUCAUUAGUAUCACACAUGCCAAGAAAUAUAGAACUGUUGUGCAUGUUUUUUCUUUACGUUUCAAACACUAUCAAUCCCGUCAUAUAUGCAGGAAUGAAUUCUACAUUCAGGAGCGAGUUUCGCCGUAUCUUAUCUUGUGGGUCAAUGAAUUUGUGCGCAUGCACACAGCGACAAAAUGAACAAGAAGAACACGAACUUGGCCCAGUGACGUCUAAGUAACAAGGUCUGUUAAAUAAAUUUAUUUUAUUUGACAAUUUAAAUACACAUGUAACAAUCCCUACCCAUAAAAUAGCGAAGCUAAUCGAGGCGGAAGGGAAAUAAACAUUCAAAAUUCUUCAAUGAAAAGUUGGAAUGAACAACUUGCGACAGUUUCACAUAAUAAUCUAAUUCAAGCGUCGAACUAGACAUAAUUUUUCUGGCGAGCUCCGGCGAUAUACAAAACACUGCCAUUUAUGGGUUUGGAAAAGGUGCUCAUGUAACACUAAGAAAUAGUCUCACAGGAGUCUUAAAUUCUUUGAAGUCAAAAUAGGAAAUCCUCAGGAGACUGCAUUGACGGUGUAAUUUUUUUUCUUUCAACUGCAAAGAGAUCUGUGAAGUUAUUACAAUAUUUAAUAGGGUGUCAAUUGCCGUAGCUUCUCCGUAACUCCCUGGUAAAAGAAAUUAGCCUGUGAAAGUUUGUAUUUGUAGAAAUAGUUCAGCCAAUAAAAUCACAGAUCACCUGCUGACCAGAAUUCCUGGAGAAGGAUUCGAGUUCACAAAAGUAUUUACUGCAAGAAAUUAAAAAAAAACGAUAAGAGUAAAAUUAAAGUAGUAAUAAUAAUAACGAUGAUGAGGUUCAUGAUAAUUACAAGUUUUUUAUUCAUGUAGCAUUUUAUAUUUUCUUCCUUGUUUUAAGUCCAGGAUACAUGGAGAUAAACAUGAUGUAACUUAUUUUGCAUUACAUAUCAAAAUUAAAAAAUAUUUUUCUUUUAGCAAAGUAGUAAGUAGGUAGGAUAUAGAUUUUCAAAAAGAUUGUAUCAUAACAUAAAUGAAAAUAAUAAUGAUGAUAACAAUUAUGAUAAUAAUAAUGAUAAUGAUAAUAAUAAUAAUAAUAAUAACGAUGAAAAUAAUAAUGAUAACAAUAAUGAUUAACAUAUAACAAGGCAACACAGGCAUUUGCAUAAAAAGGUUUAAUUUUCAUUAAUCUAUUAAAAUAAUAAUAAUAAUAAAAAAACUCAGUAAUAUAGAACUUGUACAGUUGCCGUAAGAGAUAUACAUUUUGACGCUAAAUUUAGCAAUCAGUCCAACACUUAACUCUUCAAUAAAAAAAUUUUGUACUAAAAAAUUUUUUUUGUACUCAAAAAAUCGUAGACGAAGAAAAACAUUAUUAAAACUAUUGCUGAGGAAGAGCACAUAGAAACGGGAACAUUGCAUAAUAACAUCCCUACUUCCAGUGUUGUUUUUCCCGUGAAUUUCUUCAAUAUUUUUUAGUUUCAUUAGUCAAAUUCAUUUUUUUCAAGGUUCACAUCAUUGAUUAGUUGGAAAGUCACCGUGAGGGUCACCGCUUAUAAAGGUGACCCUCACCCUUUUUCUGACAACUACUCGAGAAAAAAAAUUGUUUAAUUAACCACUUUACAUUGUCACAAUAAAACGUUUCCUGAAAAUUUCAUUUACGAGAGGCGAUCAAAGGCUCAAGUAUUCACUGGCCAUUCCAAUGAUUUUCACUAAUGAGAACCUGUCAUUCUUCAAUUCAGCUUGUUGAAACGAUACUUGUAAAACGCAACUUUACAAGAAACAUGGGAACAAACUCGAAAACAUACCUCAGCUCGGCUUUUCAUCUUCCUUUUUCUUGAGUUUGAACAGCAAAGAUUCCAUACUUAAGUUCAGGGCGUAGUACACAUUCGCAUUGUCUGGUAUGACUAGCUCGCCUGCAAAUGGAAAAAAAUCGGAAAAUCAAGGCAAGAGAAUGACAGGGAAGUCUAGUCUGAGUCUUGAUGUCUUUAAGGAGGCUCCAUAGUGUUUUUGACCGCGCAAGAUCUGGGUGCAAACAUAACGCGAGCUUCAAAAGCGUCAACAUGCAAAACAGACAUGGCGGCUCGAUACGAUCGCACGACUCUCAUCUGAAAAGGUAUGUUAAAAACAGUUUAACACAGCCCAGUUUUUAUGUGAUGGAAUCGAGGGUUUCCAGCAACUGCACUCGUAAUAUUCAUAGGCCUUCUGCGCCUGAAAAAGAGGUCAACUGAAAAGAAAACACCGCGGGAAAGAUUGCCAAAAUGCUCAGAUAUAGAUCUUGGCGAAGUUUUUUUCCAUUACCUAAUGUUUUGCGACCUUUCCUUCGGUGAAAUUUCCUAAGAUUUUCUGGACCGUUAAACAUAUUUGUAUCGUUCCUAGUCGGCCUGUUGAUAAAAAAAAAUUUUAUACGACCAUAUUUGAGAUGGACGAAGAAAAAACAAAAUUGCAAAUAGCGAGGAAAUUGCCUUUAUAACCCCUAUUUUUUCGGCUUUUAAAUGAUUGGCAGGACAAAAUUCACAAAAUGUGAAAACUAUGAGAUUUCUUUAAAGAAAAUUGGUGAAAAUCAAAGGCAAAGCCAGAUUAUCAUUGGCGAGCGCCUCUGAUUCGAGGAGCCUUAGCUUAAUAGCGAAAGUCAUUGGGUUGCAAGCGACUCCAUCUCUGUCAAGAAAAACUCCGAGAUCAUAACAAGAAAUUGGCCUUAUUUGUUUAUAUGAACCAAUGAGCGCUGCUGAUUGACACCCCGCCCCCCGACCCCCUUUGCCCAUCCCCGUAAGUCUGCAUAACAGCCAUUAUAUUCUAGUGUAUCUGCCCAAAAGACAAAAGAGAACAUUGUACACUAUAGUAGCUUUCAAAAUCAAACCUUAAUUUUCUUUUUGAUCAGAUCAUUUCUUCCCCUCAACACAAAUACGCAAUGACACAGUAGACCAUAAGAAGGAGGAUUUUCGAGGGGAUAACAUGGUUUUCGGAGGUAACGGACGGGGAAUCAGUCGUCGCCAACAGAGUAUAAAGGGGAGACUAUCGAUCAUAAUAAUUAUAUAACGGAGCCUCCUCCGACCCCUACUCCUCCUCCCCUCCCCCCCCCCCGUUCCUAAAACAAAUUUAUUUCUCCCAACAGUAUCACCCUUAAAUAAAGAAAAGAAUCGCAAACUCAAGAAGCUCCUGAUCGUUAGACAAAUUCUCCUCGCCAUCGCUUUAGGGUAUGUAUGGAGAACAGUAUAGAGAAUAUGCAUACUGAUGGUGGAGCGUUAAAAGUUAACAAGAGAAAAAAAACAACAAACAGAAUCACUAACGAAGCGUUGUGGAGAUUAAGACUUUGGAACAAGUUGAUGCCAUGACAAAUUGGAAAUACUAAAAUCGCUACAUGAAAUGCGGGGACUCACGUAAGUACCGCGGCAAAGUCAACAGAAAAGGAAUAAGUCACUUUGUGACUUGGCUUGAGUCACGGAGAAAUCCAGAAUGGUGGUAACCAUCCAACUCUGCAAAAUAAUAAACGCAUACCUCGGGCGUUCCAUAAAACCAGUACUAAAUAAAAUCCUGCGUUUAUCAAAUUUCCGGUUGAAAAAGUUCACCAACUUUAAACGCUGCUAUUCAAAUCUUUCUCUGCCUGCACGAGCCAAAUUCCCCUAUUUUCCAUUCCUAAAUCAAGUUUCGCCUCACAGUCGCUCAAUAAAUAUUUGCACUUGAACGUGACGAUCUUUGUUUACAUUUUUUUCUCCCGCUUACAUCUAAGAACAAACCUUUGAAGGUUUCUGCCUCGGAAUGAUAUACCAAAGAAGGCAUUUUAUGGACCGCAAGUUUUUCGACUGAUUGAAAUUAAAGAUAUGCAGCAGAGACUUUCACAGUAUUAGGUUUGUCCUUUAAAUAAAUAUUUUUAAGUUUACUCGAAGGAUAAGAGUAAACUGUAACAAGCUUGGCUAACGUUUAAGCGCGGCCUAGCACUUCAAGUCUGAAUAUACUCAAUGCCAAAACUCAACCUUGUUCCCAGGCUAUGUCCACCACAUUGCUUUACGCCAAUUAAAAGCUACCACGAAGCGCCUAUUGUGCAUUUUCCUGCAGAGGAAAAACCAAACCGAAUUUCUGAUUCUGGCCCGUUUAAGGCCAGAAUAAGAUCCGGGAAAAGGUAGUGGCUUAUGUAACAAGAAGAAAUGAUGAUGCCCAGUCCCUCUCGCCUCAGUGAAAUCUUGAUAGGCAGCAUUUAACAUCAUAAGGUCGGUUAGAAAUAUGCCCGAGUAAGAAACUGUUCCUUGGAUAAUUCCCUAAAAAGGAAAAAGAUAUCCAUGUACAAACAUCUCAUUGAAAUAAGAGAGAGGAAUUCAGGUUUUCGUUAUCUGAAUUCGGUCAAAAUCAGUUUCCGGAUUAUCAGGCUCGUGCAAACAAAAUUUGUGUCUUUGGAGCAAGUAAGAUCUCUAUGGAGACUCCUUAGUGAGUAACUCCGUAACAAUCGGCCGUUUUCGUGUAUUAUCGUCCAAUGUCGGCAGUUAAAUAAAACAACUUUCUGCCAUUUUCCGAAUAAAUCUUUCAUUUUCGAGUUGUUUUCGAGAAGGUAAUACGAAACAACGAGAAGUCCUGUCAUUGGCCAUUUAAUUGGGAAGUAGUUAUGUGUUUAUCACAAUAUCAUCAAGACGAGGGUCGGCUUUCUUUCCGUCAAAUGGAAAGUUGAGUACUUGCUCUUUAUCAUGGUCACUCAUCAAGAUUAUUAUCAGAAAAUUGCAUCACUAAUAGCAGAUGUACCGCCUCAAAUUGUAAUUGUCAGUAUGUCUCACAGUUUUGCUGAGUGAUCAUAUUGUUGCUUCGGGGUGUGAAAACUACAAGAGAGGAAAAAAGUUAAAUAUCCUAGAAAUCUUUCGUUAGAAGAAAAUAAAGAGUUGUUAUCGUGACAACUCCCCCAGCUCCCAGUUGGCUUGUUAGUUCUUGAUUAUCUCGCACUGUGGACAUCGCAGGAGGGUUUUUUCUUCGAAAUCUGUCCAAGCCUGAAUGGUAUUUUCACAACUACUUCGAUUUCGUUUUUAGCUUCAACUAAAUGGUAUCUGUCUAAGAGCAUCUUUAUUCCGCAAUUCAAAUAUAUAAUUUCGAUUGAUUCACUUUUGCUGUAUUCGUCCUUCACGCGCGUAUUGCAAAGACUGAGAUGCACUGAUCACUUCCUCACAGUUGUUUCACUACCUCAGUUGCCAAAGUAUCGCCCGACUAUUGUGGGUUCGAUUUCAGUCUAGGGCUGACAUUUCAAUUUCUAAAACUACUACAGUUGUGUUUCUGACUGUAGUUAUCUUUCAUUCCAUAAUACUGGUUUACUAAAAGCUCAAAAAUACUGAUGGAAAUUAGUCGCUUUCGAUUUUAAAUACUUCAGCUUAGAGACCUGAAACACUUGAGAAAUCUUUCGGUCUACGUUUCAUUUCAGUCACGUUUGGCUAAAAGCAGAACUUGCCUUGUUGCACAACUUGAAUAAAACCCAGCGCCUAUAGCCUCGAGGACGAUAUCAUUGAGCAAUUUGCCACGCUUUGCAGUUUUAAUACAAAGUAGUUGUAAAAUACAAACAGUCAUAGACACAUCUUUAAAUUAAAUUUCACUAUUUUAAGUUAAGAUAUUUACAGCAAAAAACAUUUCUAAAUAUAAAUGAGAGGAAACAUAACGAAUCUAGAAAACAGGACUGAAGUUCAAGAGCGCUUCAGCCAAAGUUAUUCCGAGAUUUACUAAUUUUAGCAAGAGGCAGACAUUUCCUGUUUACAUAAGACCUUACUUCGACAAGCACUUUUCAACAUGGCCAUAUUUACCAUGCCCAUAUUUUGGAUUUUGUCAUGAUAUCCAAAACCGAAUAUCGGUUUUGUGAAUCAAAAAGAGCUGUUUUCGCUUGUUGUAAGAUCUUUGCUUUUUCUUCCUCUUAAGCGUAAGAUCCGUGGUUUUUUCGGUUUCUUUAUAUGGAAAUAUUGGCCGGUAUUCCGGUUUUUGGUGGACAACAUUAGUGCCAUAUAUUAGCAUUUUUACUUGAUUUUUAGCAGUGUGCUGCUUUUUCUCGUUGCGUUCACUUUAAGCUACAACUGAGACAAGGAAGCGCAGUUACCUAAGAUGGCCGAUGAUCUUGCAUCAAGAAGUUUAGCACUGGUUAUCUUAGAAGGCUCCUCUUUGGUCGUUUUAAACAUCCUCUCACUGGCAGGAAAUAUCAUGGUAUGCUUAUCUGUUUACAGAAAUCCAAGAUUGCGCACCCCCACUAAUCUUUAUAUCAUAGCAUUGGCUGUGAGCGACUUGCUCUCCGCUAUCUUUGUGAUGCCUCUCAGUGAAAUAAUACUGUUCACAGGAAAAUGGUCGCUUGGAGAAACCAUUUGCCAAUUUCACGCCUUCAUGAGUAUCUUCGUGGUCUACGUCUCACCGGCAACCAUGGGUUUAACAGCUGUGAACCGAUAUGUUCGCAUAUGCAAACCAAACACAACCUACCAGAUAAUAUUUUCAAUCAGAAAGUCUCGUUUAUGGGUUCUCUUCCUCUGGUUGUUUGUGGCUUGUUACAUCGCAAUUCCAAAACUGGCCAAAUUGCAAGACUUUGAGUUUGUGCCUGGCUAUGCGCAAUGUUCUCUCAAACACCUUGGGGAAAGUGCCAAGUUCAUCCACUACAUAAUAGUUUUAACACUUUUUCUUGUCAUCCCUUUGGUUGCCACAACUUUUGGUUACUCGAGAGUUCUAAAAGUUGUUCGUCAACAUCUGACAGGGAUUUCUCCCGCGUUGAGAGGACUCAGAAGGAACGACGCGCGCAUUUCCAUUCAAGAAAUUCGACUAAGCAGGUCGCUAUUCAUUGUUGUUUUUACCUUUUUGGCAUGUUGGAUUCCUCUCUGGGUUAUAGUCAUAAUAAGACGUUUUUCAUUAGUAUCACACUUGCCAAGAAAUUUGGAACUGUUGUGCAUGUUUUUUCUUUACAUUUCAAACACUGUCAAUCCCGUCAUAUAUGCAGGAAUGAAUUCUACAUUCAGGAGCGAGUUUCGCCGUAUCUUAUCUUGUGGGUCGAUGACUUUGUGCUCAUGCACACAGCGACAAAUUGAACAGCAAGAACAUGAACUUGGCCCAGUGACGUCCGAGUAACAAUGUUUGUUCCAGACAAUUGUUUCGGGAACUAAAACACCUUACAAUAAAUUUAUUUUCCUUAACAAUUGAAAUACACAUGUAACUAUCCCUACCCACAAAAUAACGAAGUUAAACGAGGUGGAAGGGAAAUAAACAUUAAAAAUUCUUCAAUGACAAGCUGGAAUGAACAACUUACGAAAGUUUUGCAUAAUAAUCUAAUUCAAAUGUCGAAUAAGACACAAUUUUCCUGGUGAGCUCAUCAUUUAUGCCAUUUAUGGGUUCAAAAAAAGUGCUCAUGUAACUCUAAGAAAUAGUCUCAAAGGAGUCUAAGACUCUUUGAAGACAAAAUAGGAAAUCCUCAAAAAACUGUACCGGCGGUGUAUUUUUUUUUUCUUUCAACUGCAUAGAGAUAACAAGGCAUUUGCAUAAAAAGGUUUAAUUUUCAUUACUCUAUCAAAAUGGUAAUAAUAAUAAAAAGACCCCAAUAAUAUAGAACUUGUACAGUUGCCGUAGUAGAUAUAUAUUUUGACGCUCGACUCAGCAAUCAAUCCAACACUUCACUCUUCAAUAAAAAAAUUUUGUACUCAAAAAAUUGCAAACGAGGAAGAAGAUCGUUAAACCAAUUACUGAGAAAGAGCACAAAGAAACGGGAACAUUGCCCGAUAACUUCCCUACUUCUAGUGUUGUUUUUUCUCGUGAAUUUCUUAAAUGUUUUAGGUCCAUUAGUCAAAUUUAUUUUUUCCAAAGUCCUCAUCAUUGAUUAGUUGGCAAACCUCAACAGGCAAAUGACACUUUUACAAUGAAAUUUUAUCCUGAUUAGGCGAACUCCAUUCUAAAAACCUUUUGAAAACCAUUAAAACUUCGUCUUCUCUAUGGCUUUUAGAUAAUCACAUACGCAACUGAAAAAAAAGGUAAUUAGUGUUAACAACUGACAUAAAUUGGCCCCCGUAAAGAGUAAAAAAGCUGACGUUUCGAGCGUUAGCCCCUCGUCAAAGCAAUUGGAGGAAUUGUGGGUUGUGUGUUUGUUUAUAUGCAGGAAGUGGAGCUACGCUAUUGGUGGGAAUAUGAUGACGAGAAAACCAGAAUAAAUUAGUUGAAUGAAAAGCGCUCGUUGAUACCGUGGGGAUUAAGAGUGCCGAUUUGGAAGAUAAAUUUUUCAUGUUCUAGUAUUUUGCGGCUUUCCGAACUGCCUAGAUGUCAUGAUAUCCAAAAUCGAAUAUCGGUUUUAUGAAUCAAAAGGAGCUGUUUUUGCUUUUUGUAAGGUCAUUGCCUUUUCUUUCUCUCGAGUCUAAGAUUUUAAGAUAAGAUAAGGUUUUUCGGUUUCUUUUUAUGGAAUAUUGGACGAUGGGUAACAAUAGUAUUUCGGGCCAUAUCUCAGCAUUUUGACUUGAUUUUUAGCGAGUGUCUCGUUGUGUUCACCAUUAGCUACAACUGAGACAAGGAAGUGCAGUUACCUAAGAUGGCCGAAGAUCUUGCAUCAAGAUGUUUAGCACUGGUUAUCUUAGAAGGCUCCUCUUUGAUCAUUUUAAACCUCCUCUCACUGGCAGGAAAUAUCAUGGUAUGCUUAUCUGUUUACAGAAAUCCAAGGUUGCGCACCCCCACUAACCUUUAUAUCAUAGCAUUGGCUGUGAGCGACUUGCUCUCCGCUGUCUUUGUGAUGCCUCUCAGUGAAACAAUACUGUUCACAGGAAAAUGGUCGUUUGGAGAAACCAUUUGCCAAUUUCACGCCUUCAUGAGUAGCUUCGUGAUCUACGUCUUAUCGGCAACCAUGGGUUUAACAGCUAUGAACCGAUAUGUUCGUAUAUGCAAACCAAACACAACCUACCAGAUAAUAUUUUCACCCAGAAAGUCUCGUUUAUGGGUGAUUUUCGUCUGGUUGUUUGUGGCUUGUUACGUCGCAAUUCCGCAACUGGCCAAAUUGCAAGACUUUGAGUUUGUGCCUGGUUAUGCGCUAUGUUCUCUCAAACAACUUGGGGAAAAAGCCAAGCUUAUCCACUACAUAAUAGUUUUACCACUUUUUCUUGUCAUCCCUUUGGUUGUCACAGCUUUUUGUUACUCGAGAAUUCUGAAAGCUGUUCGUCAGCAUCCGACAGGGAUUUCUCUUGCGUUGAGAGGACUCAGAACGAACGACGCGCGCCGCGGCAUUUCUAUUCAAGAAAUUCGACUGAGCAGGUCAUUAUUCAUUGUUGUUUUUACCUUUUUGGCAUGUUGGAUUCCUUUCUGGGUUAUAGUCAUAAUAAGGCGUUUUUCAUUUGUAAGACAUAUGCCAAGAAAUUUGGAACUGUUGUGCAUGUUUUUUCUUUACAUUUCAAACACUGUCAAUCCCGUCAUAUAUGCAGGAAUGAAUUCUACAUUCAGGAGCGAGUUUCGCCGUAUCUUU